GCGGCUGCGGGCGGGAGCGGCGUCUGGGCCGGGUUUUGCCUCUGCCCCGGCCGAGCUACAGCAGCCGCGCGGAGCCCGCGCCGCGAGCCCGUGCUGGUACCACACGUUGGUCUAAUUCUCCAUGGCAACAGCACAGGCCCCUCAUGUGACCUGUGACCCUGGCAACUGCCUCCUUGACUCUUCCCUAGCCUCUGCGCCUGGGAGCUACGGCUGCGGCAUGGGCAGCGUGGGCAGCUUGGUGGAGAAGCAGGACUUGACGCCUGUGGAGCUGCGGGCGGUGCUGGGGGGCUCGCGGGGGCUCCGGCAGCCGGACGGCCUGCUCCGGAAGGGCCCGAGCCAGCGGGAGCUCUUCAGCUACCUGCACAGCGCCAGGAAGGAGCCCCGGGCCGAGAGGAAGCACCAGGCGCUGGGGGCGUCCUGCAACCGGGACUACGAGAGCGACCGUGAGAACCGGUCCCCUGACCGCUACUCCCGCGAGCACCACCGGGGGGCAGACUUCUCCAAGAGCUCGCUGCCGGAGCGGGGCCGCUUUGACAAGUGUCGGAUCAGGCCAUCGGCCUUCAAGGCAGUGGCUGGGAAAGGCCUGGUUUCCAUGCAGGGUCUGGCCUCAUCUAAAGGGCAGAAGCUGUCGAAGAGCAACGGGAGCCUGCACACCCUCCUGUCCCAGAGCAGCACCAGCACCGGUGCCUCCUCCCAGCAUGGCCACAUGCGCACCCACCUGCUGCACACCAUCAGCUUAGACGAGGCCUCCAAUUCCAGCCACAACUCCAUCCAGAGCUUCACCAUCUACCCUCCCCACUUCAAACCUGCCCAGGGCCAGUUCAGCGCCUCCAUGGGCCACAUCAACCACAUUGGGGGCUCCCUUGACAGGGCCUCCUGGGGCCCCAGAGACCCCCUGGCAGUGGAGAAAGCACCUCUGUACUGCAAGAGCAUGGCCACGCUAAGCCGUCUGCAAAGCUCUGGGGAGCCCCCACCCCCCUACGAGUUCACCUACUCCCUGGAGGACGUGGUGAAGCAGCUGGAGGACCGGCUGCAGGAGAAGAGUGGGGAGCUGUGGCAGUUGAAGAGGAGCCUUAGCGAGACUGAAGACCCCUUCACGCAGGUUUUCGAGGACAAACAGCAUCUGUGGAUGGAUGCACUGGACGAGCUGAAGCAGAUGUAUGUCGCCAAGCUGCAGCAGGUGACCCAGCAGGCCCAGCGCAGCCAGCGGGCACUGCAGCUGCAGCUCUACAAAGCGCAGCAGGAGAAGAAGCGGCUGCAGGAGGAGCUGAGCCUGCACCAGGGCCAGUGCGAGGAGCUGAGGCAAUGGCAGCAGCAGUGUGAACGUGUCAGCCCCAAACUAGAAGAGACCAGGUGGGAGGUUUGUCAGAAGGCAGCUGAGAUCUCACUGCUCAAGCAGCAGCUUCGAGACUCCCAGGAGGAGAUGGCCCAGAAAGUCAGUGAGAUCUUCAGCUUGAAGACCCAGCUGCGGGAGGCCCGGGCAGAGGUGCAAGCCAAGGACUCUCAGCUGGCCCAGCUAGGGGACUCCUUCCAGGCCCCACCAGAGCCCAGCUCCUCCCUCCCUUUGGGGGAUGCUCCCAUGCCAGUCUGCCAGGACUUCUCUGGCUGUGAAACUGACGACUCCAAGUCUUGGGGUCUUCACAGCGAGAGUGGUGAGCCCCCGGAGAGGCAGGUGGAGUGGCUGUGGGCAGAGCUGCUGCGUGAGCGGCGCCAGGGCCAGCUGAAGGCUGUGAACUUUGAGCUGGAGCGGAAAACCUGGCAGGAGGAGAAGGAGAAAGUGCUGCGCUACCAGAGGGAGAUCCAGGCAAGCUACAUGGAGAUGUACCACCGCAGCCAGGCUUUGGAAAGGGAGCUGCGGCAGCUGCGGGCUGAGCCCAGAGAUGCUGACGCAGACUCACCCUGGAUAGAGAGAGUCGAGUCUUCAAAAAUCUGAAUGGGAAGCCAGCAGCCUGGACUGGAAAGGAGCGAGAGCUCUUGGGAUGGUACCCAGGCUGCACCAUGGACUGACUGGGCUAGCCAAGGGGGCUUCUCCAUUCAGACCGAUGAUGCUGUGAGCACUGCAGGUCCAUCCCUGGGGAAGUCUCAGGAGCAAGUGUUACUUCUGCCUCUGCAGCAGGGGCCUGU